AAUAAAGGUUUUAGAACAGCGACCGGAACUGACGUUGGGCAGCUGCAAGUUGCCUGAUUCUUUUCUCCAGAAAAAUCAAAACUCGCUAGCAUAAUUAGAGAAUAAAUAGUUACUUUAUGAAGGAAAUGUUUGUAUUAGGCCGUAUUUGCUUGAUUCUAACCAGUUAAAAGAACGUUUGUUAUCUUAGCUGCUAUUUUGUUGACGCCGGACUCCAGUGAAGAAUCUGACCCUGCAGAGGCUGAAGCUGUCUGUCAUCGUGAUUGGGUGAUAAUGGCGGAUCCUGCACGGAUCAAAACCGAGGUCACACUUGAGAGCCCAGUAGCCGGCCAAGAUGAGAAGCCUAAAGCUAAGGCGACGAAUGACACAUCGUCCCCUGCCCCAGAAAAGCCUGCAGACGAAUUAAAGGAGUCUUCUUCGCAAGACCAGCGGAAACAGGACGAUGCAUCUGAGCCAGCAGCAGCAGAGGAUGAAGAGGAAGGGACUUCGGGUCAGCCUGCAUCGAAAAGACUGAAGGUGGAACCAGAAAAGAAAAAGGAGAAGAGGCAAAAGGUUGAUGAGGACGAAAUACAAAAAAUGCAGGUUUUGGUGUCAUCUUUCUCUGAAGACCAGCUGAAUCGUUAUGAAAUGUACAGGCGUUCUGCCUUCCCAAAGGCAGCUAUUAAGAGGCUGAUCCAGUCCAUAACAGGAUCCUCGGUUUCCCAAAACGUGGUGAUCGCCAUGUCUGGUAUCUCCAAAGUUUUUGCUGGGGAAAUAGUUGAGGAAGCGCUGGAUGUUUGUGAAAAGUGGGGAGACACACCACCUCUUCAGCCCAAACACAUGAGGGAGGCGGUGAGGAGGCUAAAGAGCCGCCAUCAGAUUCCCAACACCAAGUACAAAAACAUUCUGUUCCAUUGAGGUUUGCAGCCUCAAAUAACAUGUCAUUGAUGACCAAACUGGCCAUACUACGAAAGUGGUGCCGUUACUCCAAGGAAACGUUGCGCCUGUCGUCAGACUACUUACAACUUGCUGAGCCAACAUCAAGAUCAGUCUGCAUACUGCUGAAGAAACUUUGAUGUGCACAACCAAGGACUUUGAAAUGGAAGCAACGCCUCUGGUUCUUGUCAAACUGUCAGUGUAAAUGAUUGCUACAACAUUCAGUUCAAUUGAUAUGGAGUUGUACUGAUCAAGUAUGGUUGUAAAUACAGUCAAUUUUAUUAUUGAAAAUAGUAUUACGGGUUGGCCUUUUUACUAAAGAUUUAAAAUAUGAAUUCAUUGCAAUGUCCACCAUGAACUGAUGUAUAGGCUCCUGUCUGUUGGUGAGUCAGGAGGUGGGUGCAAUGAUGGACCACAGAAGCACAACUUAAAUAUGUUGAAGCAAGUGUUCAUUUAUUCUGUUAAAAUACUUUACACUCACUCUCGGUUCACAGAACCAAUUUCACAUUAGUCUUAAGUGAUAAAGACAAAAAUUGCAAUAUUCCACACAAGUGCUGUCCACAGGGUUCAAAACCCUUGCGUCAUUUGGAAGCUCUCACCUGCCAUCUUUUAUAAUUUGUCAAGAUGAGUGG